CACACUUCCCCUGUUUCCACACCCAUGAAACUUUGUAGCUCCACACACACACGCAGCAAUCAAAAGCGCAGGUGGGUCUGUGAGAGGAGACGUGGGUCCUUGGACAGAGGACAAGUCUGGACCUCAAUGGAGUCCACCCUUCCCAAAGGUGGAGCAGGUGUUGCAGAUGUCCAGCAGCCAGCAGUGGCACUUCCUGGUGGUUUGCAGCCUGUUGCAGAGGCAGCACAGCCUGUAGACCUGGGCAAGGUGGAGGGAGACAAGAGUGAACCUGGACACCCCACAGGAGCAGGACAUGAACAGGAGCAGCACACUGCUGACAGCUCUCUGUCCUCCUCGGACAGUGAGGAUGAGGGUAUCAGCACCAAAGACGCUAAGAAGAAGAAGCUGAAGAAGAAGAAGAAGAAGAAAGAUUCCAGUUCAUCCUCAUCAUCUUCCUCCUCCUCCUCCUCUUCUUCUUCUUCCUCCUCCAGUAGCUCUUCAGACAGUGACAGUGAGGAUGACAAGAAGAAGAAGAAGAAGAAAAAGAAGAAGAAGAAAGAGGAGCUGAAAGAGUAUGUCUGGGACAGUACUAUCAUAUCUCAGGCUGAGCCUGAUGACCAAAUGGAACAGCAGCCCACAGAAGAUCUGAAGAUGGGCCAGGAUUUCAUCUCAUCAGAUGACGAGGAUGACAAGAAGAAAGAGAAGAAGAAGAAAAAGAAGAAGGACAAGAAGAAGAAGAAAAAGAAGAAGGAUUCGUCCUCCUCAUCUGACAGCUCGUCCUCCGACAGCGAGGAUGAAAAGAAGAAGAAGAAGAAGAAGAAAAAGAAGGACAAGAAGAAGAAGAAGAAGAAAAAGGAUUCAACUUCUUCAUCUGACAGCUCGUCCUCGGACAGUGAGGAUGAAAAGAAGAAGAAGAAAAAGAAGAAGAAGAAGAAGAAGAAGGACUCCAGCUCCUCUUCCUCAGAUAGCUCCUCCUCUUCAUCAUCGUCUUCUGACAGCGAGGAUGACAAGAAGAAAAAGAAAAAGAAGAAAAAGGACAAGAAGAAGAAGAAAAAGAAGGAUAAGAAAAAGGAUGAGGAGCAGAACGAGCUCAGCAGUGCUGCUGCUCUUUCAGCUGCUGAUGGUGAGAUUGCAGAAUCAAGUGCUGAUGGAGAUAAAAAGAAGGAUGACGGUUCAGACAAGGCCAAGCAAGAACUUAAAGCAACAGGAGAGGCAGGGGGAGCACAGGCAUUCUAUGACUGCAUUGAGGAAGGCCACCUGAGUGAUGAUGAGGGAGAAGGAGAGAAGGAGAAGGAUAAAAAGAAGAAGCUGAAGAAGAAGAAGAAGAAGGACUCUGGUUCAUCUUCAGACAGCGAUGAUGACAAAAAAGACAAGAAGAAGAAGAAGAAGAAGAAGAAGGAAAAGGACUCCUCUAGCUCCUCCUCUUCAUCAUCUGAUAGCUCCUCCUCAGACAGCGAAGAUGACAAGAAGAAGAAGAAGAAGAAGAAGAAGAAGAAGAAAAAGAAGAAGAAGAAGAAGGCUAAGGAUUCCAGCUCUUCCUCUUCUUCUUCCUCCUCUGAUAGUGAAGAUGACAAGAAGAAAAAGAAGAAGAAGAAGAAGAAGAAGAAGGUAAAACACACCCGAAAACUCUAAUAUAUACACCUCUUUGCUCAGCUUGCUCAUGAAAAAUAAAAAUUUGAAUGGAAUGAACAAAGAUGCACUUCAGUGACUGACUGGCUGACUAAUAAUCCUUUCUAGAAGUCCAGUUCUUCUGAUGAUAGCUCCUCUUCUUCCUCAUCCUCCUCUUCCUCUGAUAGUGAUGAUGACAAG